ACACCCUCAGCCAACCGACGCUUGACUAAAGAGGAAGGACACCGGAUCUUUCAGGGAAUACUGUUGAGAGAAACAGCAGGAUCAGCUCUCUGGUAAACAUGGGCCGCCACUUCGGAGACUUGGCCAAGAUCAGGCAUGUAAUCACAUACAGUCUGUCCCCCUUUGAGCAGAGGGCUUUCCCCAACUACUUCUCCAAGGGAAUCCCAAAUGUGUGGAGACGGGUCACAUCCUCUUUCUUUAAAGUUGCCCCCCCAAUGACUCUCAUGUACCUGACAUACACCUGGGGCAACAGUGUCCAUCAGCAGGGCAAGAGGAAGAUUGCAGCUGACUUUGAGAAUGACGAAUGAACUCCUGCCCCCUUUCGGAAAGCUCCCCUCUGUUAUUAAUUCAAACUCUGUAUGUUUCACCAAUAAAGAUGACAAAUAUUUAUGUGAAA